AUGGAGCAGGUGAAGGAGUGUGAGGGACCUCAGAAUGACACCGACUUCGACGAGAAGUUCUUGUCUCGGUUUCAUCCCUCGGAAGAUCACAUCAUCGGCUCCAUUCUGCUCUGCUUGGGGGUGAUGUCCCUCGUGCCAAACGGGAUGGUGCUGCAUUCAUUUUGGGAGACGAGAAAGCAACUUAAGCCACACGAGGUCUUCCUUCUAAAUCUGACUUUCUUCGAUGGCCUCACUGUUCUCCUUGCCUAUCCGACUGUCAUCACUUCGUUCUUUCUGCAUCGAUGGCCCUUCGGAUCACUCGGUUGCAGUAUCGACGCGUCCUUGGUAUAUUUCACUUCCCUCGUUGGGAUGUUUUCCUUAACUGCGAUCUCUAUCAUGAGGUGCAUCAAGACCUGUAAACCACAUUACGGAGACAGGUUGACCAGUGGUCUGGCGUGGAAAUGGAUGUGGUUCAUCUGGGGAUAUGCUGGAACCUGGACCGUCAUGCCUUUACUCGGAUGGGGUCGAUACGACGUGGAACCCUAUGGCCUCUCCUGCACUCUCGACUGGUGGGGUAGUGACUUAUAGCACCCAGGGCACGGUCCAUCCAGGGAGAAAACUGUGAAAAAGAAAGUUGCUUGGAAUGUGAAAAAUGCCAUUUAUCAGCACUCUAUGGUUUCCGUUGCAGCGGCUUCUUCUGAUUCGAUAGCUGGGUCGAAGGCAGCAGAUCGAGGAUACGCCCCAUCCCUGAAUGCCUUGAGACGGGUUGCUCUAAGGAAAAGAACAGAAAUUCCUGCAUUGCCACCCACAGUCGCAGACCUUCAGGUUGACGGUAGCUACCGCUGUACAAUGGAGGGUGUGGACUGGCUCAUUCAUGAUCAUUUGUACAAUGCCCUUCGGAUGAUGAUUUUCGCCACCCCGAAGAAUUUGGAAUACCUUCAGCAUGCAACCACUUGGUACGGCGAUGGGACGUUCGGAAUUGCACCGCGAGCACGGGAUGACGUGGAAGACGUCCAGAAAGUACUUGCUGAAUUGGAAACAACCAUGCCAUCUGAAGCCAAACCUGUUGGGCAGUAUUUCCGGGAAACUUACGUCGAUGGAAGAAGACGACGGGGCAGAGCCAGAGAUGAGGUUGUCUAUCCACCGCAGCUGUGGAAUGUUCGAGAUCGAACCCUCUCCAGGAACAGAUCACAUGUAAUAAGCGCCAGCAUAUGCUGCUGUCUUAUUCCUGGUGGGAUCAUGGUCUACUGCUACGUCACUCUCAUUUUCUCGAUUAAAACUGCAAGCAAAUGUAUCCAGAAUGCCAGGGUCCUGAAAAAGGCCGCUUCCAGGGAGAGAUCUCUCACUAAGGUAGUGGCGACCCUUUGUCUAAGCUAUUGGGUGGCAUGGUUGCCCUACACGUGUGUAUCUCUGAUCACUGCCUUCGGUGGAAAGUCAUCGCUGGACCCUAUGGCAACCGUGAUCCCAGUCAUGAUGGCCAAAUCAUCCUUCGCCAUCAAUCCCAUACUCUACGCUUACAUGAGGCUCUGGAUCAAGAAAGAUUGGGUUCAGGAUGAAAAGACUGGGGAUUAA